UGUUAAAAAGCCACCGCUAGUCGCCCCCAGUGCUCCGACUCUCUGGGUCUUUUUGUCUCUAGUGCAGAUUAAACGUCACGUCCGCACUUGAACUUGAAUUUUAUCCCAUUGUACAGAGGCAGCCCCAGCCAUAGAGAGACCGAGAGCUCCCAGAGAACCCGGACUCCGCCAUCUUCACGUUGCAAUCUAUAGCUCCCAGUCUGCGCCCGCACCGACCCAGGCGCACUGGGCGAGCCGCCCCUCCGCCCCGCUCCCCCCGGGCCCGCGGCGCCAGGGGAGCGCUGGGGAGCGCUCGCGGGGACUCGGCAGCCCCUCCGGCCGGCGCCAGCCUGCCAGGUGAACUGGGAAGGAGCCUCUCCUGGUGUCCCCCCAGAGCCUCGGAAGGGUCAGUCUCCGAGAAAAAACAAAAACAAAAACAAAAACAGGCAGCCCGCAGAAAACCCAGAAACAACCGAACCGGGGCAGUUUUACAUUGCUUUGGGUUUUUUGAGGGGGCGGGGUGAGGGGGUACGAGACAAGUCCCCAAGUUUUCUUUGCUUUUUUUUUUCCUUUGCUUUUUCUUCUUUUAUUUUUUUAUUUGUUUGCAUUUUUUCCCCCUCCUGGUAGAAGUGCGCUUUCCACCUACCAGACCCUGGAAGAAAGUGUCAGGAGCCGGUGCAAAAUCCAGUUUAAGUUCAAGAAGACAUUUGCAAGUGCAAGAGGCCAAGCAGUUUGAAGAAGUGUAAGAGAUUUUUUUUCCUUCGAAAGAAUAUAUUUUUAAAGAAACCAGCCAGUCCGCGGAAAGCAACAGCAGUUUUUUUUUUUUUUGCCUCUUUUUCUUAUUUUAGAUCGAGAGGUUUUUCUUGCUUUUCUUCCUUUUUUUUUCUUUUUGCAAACAAAACAAAAAACAGCAUAGAAGAAAGAGCAAAAUAAAGAAGAAGAAGAGGAGGAAGAGAGGGCAAGAGAGGAAGGGGAAAAAAAGCACCAACCCGGGCAGAGGAGGAGGUGCGGCGGCGGCGGCGGCGGCGGCGGCGGCGGCAGCGGCGGCGGCUCGGACCCCCUCCCCCGGCUCCCCCCAUCAGUGCAGCUCUCCGGGCGAUGCCAGAAUAGAUGCCGGGGCAAUGUCCCGCCGCAAACAGGGCAACCCGCAGCACUUGUCCCAGAGGGAGCUCAUCACCCCAGAGGCUGACCAUGUGGAGGCUGCCAUCCUUGAAGAAGACGAGGGUCUGGAGAUAGAGGAGCCAAGUGGCCUGGGGCUGAUGGUGGGUGGCCCCGACCCUGACCUGCUCACCUGUGGCCAGUGUCAAAUGAACUUCCCCUUGGGGGACAUCCUGGUUUUUAUAGAGCACAAAAGGAAGCAGUGUGGCGGCAGCUUGGGUGCCUGCUAUGACAAGGCCCUGGACAAGGACAGCCCACCACCCUCCUCACGCUCCGAGCUCAGGAAAGUGUCCGAGCCGGUGGAGAUCGGGAUCCAAGUCACCCCCGACGAAGAUGACCACCUGCUCUCACCCACGAAAGGCAUCUGUCCCAAGCAGGAGAACAUUGCAGGGCCGUGCAGGCCUGCCCAGCUGCCAGCGGUGGCCCCCAUAGCUGCCUCCUCCCACCCUCACUCAUCCGUGAUCACUUCACCUCUGCGUGCCCUGGGCGCUCUCCCGCCCUGCCUCCCCCUGCCGUGCUGCAGCGCGCGCCCGGUCUCGGGUGACGGGACUCAGGGUGAGGGUCAGACGGAGGCUCCCUUUGGAUGCCAGUGUCAGUUGUCAGGUAAAGAUGAGCCUUCCAGCUACAUUUGCACAACAUGCAAGCAGCCCUUCAACAGCGCGUGGUUCCUGCUGCAGCACGCGCAGAACACGCACGGCUUCCGCAUCUACCUGGAGCCCGGGCCGGCCAGCAGCUCGCUCACGCCGCGGCUCACCAUCCCGCCGCCGCUCGGGCCGGAGGCCGUGGCGCAGUCCCCGCUCAUGAAUUUCCUGGGCGACAGCAACCCCUUCAACCUGCUGCGCAUGACGGGCCCCAUCCUGCGGGACCACCCGGGCUUCGGCGAGGGCCGCCUGCCGGGCACGCCGCCUCUCUUCAGUCCCCCGCCGCGCCACCACCUGGACCCGCACCGCCUCAGUGCCGAGGAGAUGGGGCUCGUCGCCCAGCACCCCAGUGCCUUCGACCGAGUCAUGCGCCUGAACCCCAUGGCCAUCGACUCGCCCGCCAUGGACUUCUCGCGGCGGCUCCGCGAGCUGGCGGGCAACAGCUCCACGCCGCCGCCCGUGUCCCCGGGCCGCGGCAACCCUAUGCACCGGCUCCUGAACCCCUUCCAGCCCAGCCCCAAGUCCCCGUUCCUGAGCACGCCGCCGCUGCCGCCCAUGCCCCCUGGCGGCACGCCGCCCCCGCAGCCGCCGGCCAAGAGCAAGUCGUGCGAGUUCUGCGGCAAGACCUUCAAGUUCCAGAGCAAUCUCAUCGUGCACCGGCGCAGUCACACGGGCGAGAAGCCCUACAAGUGCCAGCUGUGCGACCACGCGUGCUCGCAGGCCAGCAAGCUCAAGCGCCACAUGAAGACGCACAUGCACAAGGCCGGCUCGCUGGCCGGCCGCUCCGACGACGGGCUCUCGGCCGCCAGCUCCCCCGAGCCCGGCACCAGCGAGCUGGCGGGCGAGGGCCUCAAGGCGGCCGACGGCGACUUCCGCCACCACGAGAGCGACCCGUCGCUGGGCCACGAGCCGGAGGAGGAGGACGAGGAGGAGGAGGAGGAGGAGGAGGAGCUGCUACUGGAGAACGAGAGCCGGCCCGAGUCGAGCUUCAGCAUGGACUCGGAGCUGAGCCGCAACCGCGAGAACGGCGGUGGUGGGGUGCCCGGGGUCCCGGGCGCGGGGGGCGGCGCGGCCAAGGCGCUGGCUGACGAGAAGGCGCUGGUGCUGGGCAAGGUCAUGGAGAACGUGGGCCUAGGCGCACUGCCGCAGUACGGCGAGCUCCUGGCCGACAAGCAGAAGCGCGGCGCCUUCCUGAAGCGUGCGGCGGGCGGCGGGGACGCGGGCGACGACGACGACGCGGGCGGCUGCGGGGACGCGGGCGCGGGCGGCGCGGUCAACGGGCGCGGGGGCGGCUUCGCGCCAGGCACCGAGCCCUUCCCCGGGCUCUUCCCGCGCAAGCCCGCGCCGCUGCCCAGCCCCGGGCUCAACAGCUCCGCCAAGCGCAUCAAGGUGGAGAAGGACCUGGAGCUGCCGCCCGCCGCGCUCAUCCCGUCCGAGAACGUGUACUCGCAGUGGCUGGUGGGCUACGCGGCGUCGCGGCACUUCAUGAAGGACCCCUUCCUGGGCUUCACGGACGCACGACAGUCGCCCUUCGCCACGUCGUCCGAGCACUCGUCCGAGAACGGCAGCCUGCGCUUCUCCACGCCGCCCGGGGACCUGCUGGACGGCGGCCUCUCGGGCCGCAGCGGCACGGCCAGCGGGGGCAGCACCCCGCACCUGGGCGGCCCGGGCCCCGGGCGGCCCAGCUCCAAGGAGGGCCGCCGCAGCGACACGUGCGAGUACUGCGGCAAGGUGUUCAAGAACUGCAGCAACUUGACGGUGCACCGGCGGAGCCACACCGGCGAGCGGCCUUACAAGUGCGAGCUGUGCAACUACGCGUGCGCGCAGAGCAGCAAGCUCACGCGCCACAUGAAGACGCACGGGCAGAUCGGCAAGGAGGUGUACCGCUGCGACAUCUGCCAGAUGCCCUUCAGCGUCUACAGCACCCUGGAGAAACACAUGAAAAAGUGGCACGGCGAGCACUUGCUGACUAACGACGUCAAAAUCGAGCAGGCCGAGAGGAGCUAAGCGCGCGGGCCCCGGCGCCCCGCACCUGUACAGUGGAACCGUUGCCAACCGAGAGAAUGCUGACCUGACUUGCCUCCGUGUCACCGCCACCCCGCACCCCGCGUGUCCCCGGGGCCCAGGGGAGGCGGCACUCCAACCUAACCUGUGUCUGCGAAGUCCUAUGGAAACCCGAGGGUUGAUUAAGGCAGUACAAAUUGUGGAGCCUUUUAACUGUGCAAUAAUUUCUGUAUUUAUUGGGUUUUGUAAUUUUUUUGGCAUGUGCAGGUACUUUUUAUUAUUAUUUUUUCUGUUUGAAUUCCUUUAAGAGAUUUUGUUGGGUAUCCAUCCCUUCUUUAUUUUUUUUUUUAAAACCCGGUAGUAGCCUGAGCAAUGACUCGCAAGCAAUGUUAGAGGGGAAGCAUAUCUUUUAAAUUAUAAUUUGGGGGGAGGGGUGGUGCUGCUUUUUUGAAAUUUAAGCUAAGCAUGUGUAAUUUCUUGUGAAGAAGCCAACACUCAAAUGACUUUUAAAGUUGUUUACUUUUUCAUUCCUUCCUUUUUUUUGUCCUGAAAUAAAAAGUGGCAUGCAGUUUUUUUUUUAAUUAUUUUUUAAUUUUUUUUUUUGGUUUUUGUUUUUGGGGUGGGGGGUGUGGAUGUACAGCGGAUAACAAUCUUUCAAGUCGUAGCACUUUGUUUCAGAACUGGAAUGGAGAUGUAGCACUCAUGUCGUCCCGAGUCAAGCGGCCUUUUCUGUGUUGAUUUCGGCUUUCAUAUUACAUAAGGGAAACCUUGAGUGGUGGUGCUGGGGGAGGCACCCCACAGACUCAGCGCCGCCAGAGAUAGGGUUUUUGGAGGGCUCCUCUGGGAAAUGGCCCGACAGCAUUCUGAGGUUGUGCAUGACCAGCAGAUACUAUCCUGUUGGUGUGCCCUGGGGUGCCAUGGCUGCUAUUCGCUGUAGAUUAGGCUACAUAAAAUGGGCUGAGGGUACCUUUUUGGGGAGAUGGGGUGGCCUGCAGUGACACAGGAAGAAACUAGCGGUGUUCUUUUAGGCGUUUUCUGGCUUGACGGCUUCUCUCUUUUUUUAAAUCACCCCCACCACAUAAAUCUCAAAUCCUAUGUUGCUGCAAGGGGUCAUCCAUCAUUUCCCAAGCGGACGAAUGCCCUAAUUAAUUGAAGUUAGUGUUCUCUCAUUUAAUGCACACUGAUGAUAUUGUAGGGAUGGGUGGGGUGGGGAUCUUGCAAAUUUCUAUUCUCUUUUACUGAAAAAGCAGGGGAUGAGUUCCAUCAGAAGGUGCCCAGCGCUACUUCCCAGGUUUUUUUUUUUUUUUUUUUUCCUAUCUCAUUAGGUUGGAAGGUACUAAAUAUUGAACUGUUAAGAUUAGACAUUUGAAUUCUGUUGACCCGCACUUUAAAGCUUUUGUUUGCAUUUAAAUUAAAUGGCUUCUAAACAAGAAAUUGCAGCAUAUUCUUCUCUUUGGCCCAGAGGUGGGUUAAACUGUAAGGGACAGCUGAGAUUGAGUGUCAGUAUUGCUAAGCGUGGCAUUCACAAUACUGGCACUAUAAAGAACAAAAUAAAAUAAUAAUUUAUAGGACAGUUUUUCUACUGCCAUUCAAUUUGAUGUGAGUGCCUUGAAAACUGAUCUUCCUAUUUGAGUCUCUUGAGACAAAUGCAAAACUUUUUUUUUGAAAUGAAAAGACUUUUUAAAAAAGUAAAACAAGAAAAGUACAUUCUUUAGAAACUAACAAAGCCACAUUUACUUUAAGUAAAAAAAAAAAAAAAAUUCUGGUUGAAGAUAGAGGAUAUGAAAUGCCAUAAGACCCAAUCAAAUGAAGAAAUAAACCCAGCACAACCUUGGACAUCCAUUAGCUGAAUUAUCCUCAGCCCCUUUUGUUUUUGGGACAACGCUGCUUAGAUAUGGAGUGGAGAUGAUUUACUGCUGAAUUAAAACUCAAGUGACACAAGUUACAAGUUGAUAUCGUUGAAUGAAAAGCAAAACAAAAACAAUUCAGGAACAACGGCUAAUUUUUUCUAAAGUUAAAUUUAGUGCACUCUGUCUUAAAAAUACGUUUACAGUAUUGGGUACAUACAAGGCUAAAAAAAAAAUUGUGUGUAUGUGUGUUGGAGCGAUCUUUUCUUUUCAAAGUUUGCUUAAUAGGUUAUACAAAAAUGCCACAGUGGCCGCGUGUAUAUUGUUUUCUUUUGGUGACGGGGUUUUAGUAUAUAUUAUAUAUAUUAAAAUUUCUUGAUUACUGUAAAAGUGGACCAGUAUUUGUAAUAAUCGAGAAUGCCUGGGCAUUUUACAAAACAAGAAAAAAAAUACCCUUUUCUUUUCCUUGAAAAUGUUGCAGUAAAAUUUAAAUGGUGGGUCUAUAAAUUUGUUCUUGUUACAGUAACUGUAAAGUCGGAGUUUUAGUAAAUUUUUUUCUGCCUUGGGUGUUGAAUUUUUAUUUCAAAAAAAUGUAUAGAAACUUGUAUUUGGGGAUUCAAAGGGGAUUGCUACACCAUGUAGAAAAAGUAUGUAGAAAAAAAGUGCUUAAUAUUGUUAUUGCUUUGCAGAAAAAAAAAAAUCACAUUUCUGACCUGUACUUAUUUUUCUCUUCCCGCCACCCUCUGGAAUGGAUAUAUUGGUUGGUUCAUAUGAUGUAGGCACUUGCUGUAUUUUUACUGGAGCUCGUAAUUUUUUAACUGUAAGCUUGUCCUUUUAAAGGGAUUUAAUGUACCUUUUUGUUAGUGAAUUUGGAAAUAAAAAGAAAAAAAAAAACAAAAACAAACAGGCUGCCAUAAUAUAUUUUUUUAAUUUGGCAGGAUAAAAUAUUGCAAAAAAAAAAAAACCAUUUGUAUGUUAAGUCCUAUUGUACAGGAGAAAAAGGGUUGUUUGACAACCUUUGAGAAAAAGAAACAAAAGGAAGUAGUUAAAUGCUUUGGUUCACAAAUCAUUUAGUUGUAUAUAUUUUUUGUCGGAAUUGGCCUACACAGAGAACCGUUCGUGUUGGGCUUCUCUCUGAACGCCCCGAACCUUGCAUCAAGGCUCCUUGGUGUGGCCACAGCAGACCGGAUGGGAAAUUAUUUGUGUUGAGUGGAAAAAAAUCAGUUUUUGUAAAGAUGUCAGUAACAUUCCUCAUUGUCCUCCCUUUCUCUAAGAGGCCAUCUCUAAGAUGUCAGAUGUAGAGGAGAGAGAGCGAGAGAACAUCUUCCCUCUCUACCAUCACUCCUGUGGCGGUCACCACCACCACCUCUCCCGCCCUUACCGGCAGAAAGCAACGCAAACUGAGCUGCUUUAGUCCUUGAGAAAUUGUGAAACAAACACAAAUAUCAUAAAAGGAGCUGGUGAUUCAGCUGGGUCCGGGUGAAGUGACCUGCUGUUGAGACCGGUACAAAUUGGAUUUCAGGAAGGAGACUCCAUCACAGCCAGGACCUUUCGUGCCAUGGAGAGUGUUGGCCUCUUGUCUUUCUUCCCUGCUUUGCUGCUUUGCUCUCUGAAACCUACAUUCCGUCAGUUUCCGAAUGCGAGGGCCUGGGAUGAAUUUGGUGCCUUUCCAUAUCUCGUUCUCUCUCCUUCCCCUGCGUUUCCUCUCCAUCCUUCAUCCUCCAUUGGUCCUUUUUUUUUCUUUCAUUUUUUAUUUAAUUUCUUUUCUUCCUAUCUGCUCCUCCCCUAAUCCUCUAUUUUAUUUUUAUUUUUUGUAAAGCCAAGUAGCUUUAAGAUAAAGUGGUGGUCUUUUGGAUGAGGGAAUAAUGCAUUUUUAAAUAAAAUACCAAUAUCAGGAAGCCAUUUUUUAUUUCAGGAAAUGUAAGAAACCAUUAUUUCAGGUUAUGAAAGUAUAACCAAGCAUCCUUUUGGGCAAUUCCUUACCAAAUGCAGAAGCUUUUCUGUUCGAUGCACUCUUUCCUCCUUGCCACUUACCUUUGCAAAGUUAAAAAAAGGGGGGAGGGAAUGGGAGAGAAAGCUGAGAUUUCAGUUUCCUACUGCAGUUUCCUACCUGCAGAUCCAGGGGCUGCUGUUGCCUUUGGAGGCCCCACUGAGGUCCUAGAGUGCCUCCAGGUUGGUCCUCCUGUAGUCAUAACAGCUAGCCAGUGCUCACCAGCUUACCAGAUUGCCAGGACUAAGCCAUCCCAAAGCACAGGCAUUGUGUGUCUCUGUGACUGCAGAGAAGAGAGAAUUUUGCUUCUGUUUUGUGUUUAAAAAACCAACACGGAAGCAGAUGAUCCUGAGAGAGAGGCCUCUAGCAUGGGUGACCCAGCCGACCUCAGGCCGGUUUCCGCACUGCCACAACUUUGUUCAAAGUUGCCCCCAAUUGGAACCCGCCACUUGCCAUUAGAGGGUCUUUCAUGGGGAGAGAAGGAGACUGAAUUACUCUAAGCAAAAUGUGAAAAGUAAGGAAAUCAGCCUUUCAUCCCGGUCCUAAGUAACCGUCAGCCGAAGGUCUCGUGGAACACAGGCAAACUCGUGAUUUUGGUGCUCCUUGUAACUCAGCCCUGCAAAGCAAAGUCCCAUUGAUUUAAGUUGUUUGCAUUUGUACUGGCAAGGCAAAAUAUUUUUAUUACCUUUUCUAUUACUUAUUGUAUGAGCUUUUGUUGUUUACUUGGAGGUUUUGUCUUUUACUACAAGUUUGGAACUAUUUAUUAUUGCUUGGUAUUUGUGCUCUGUUUAAGAAACAGGCACUUUUUUUUAUUAUGGAUAAAAUGUUGAGAUGACAGGAGGUCAUUUCAAUAUGGCUUAGUAAAAUAUUUAUUGUUCCUUUAUUCUCUGUACAAGAUUUUGGGCCUCUUUUUUUCCUUAAUGUCACAAUGUUGAGUUCAGCAUGUGUCUGCCAUUUCAUUUGUACGCUUGUUCAAAACCAAGUUUGUUCUGGUUUCAAGUUAUAAAAAUAAAUUGGACAUUUAACUUGA